GAGACGAAAUUAUUUUCCUUUCUGUUUCCUUUAUUUAAUUUCUUCUGAUUGUGGAAAGAGGAAUGCUAGACUCGUUGGAUGAUCUAAGUACGCUGAGUGUUGAUGUUUUUUCUCUAUAGAACUAAUAAUAUGAUCAUAAUUAAUUGAUUUAUUUCUAAAAUUUCCUUUAUAAAUUCCUGACCACCGCUCUCAUCUCUCUCUUCACCCGUCCCCGCCGCCAAACAAGCCUCUCGCGCCACCACUUUGUCUCAGCCUCGUCUUUCUCUUCCUCCUAUUUUAUCCCUCUCCCUCUUCUCCUCCUUCAGUCCCGGACCCAAACCCUCUCUUACCUUCAAGUUUUCCGACAGAGCAGGAAAUUAAGUAAGGUUGUUUGUCAUUACCAUUUAUCUGAAAAUGGCAAUAAAAUUGACAAGGAAAGUAUUUGUGAAUCCUUGCUUCCUUAGUUACAACUGUUCGCGAUUCCUUGUCAGGUUGAGUUCAGAUCAUGACACAAGGUUUUUCCUUAGCAAAAUUUUUGGUGGUCUGCAAGAAUCUGGUGUGGUUUGCAGACAUCUAUCCUUUUCUCCUGCUACAAGUCUGGAAAGGUUAAGUUGGGAAGGUUCUUCUCAUACAGUGUUGUUGACAAAGCUUGAAAAUGCUUUGAAGGAUCUCAAACUGGAUGAAGCAUGGGAAACUUUCAAUGAUUUUAUAAGGUUGUAUGGUUUCCCUAACCAUUUGCUCGUUAGCAGGUUCAUUACUCAACUAUCCUACUCAUCCAGCCCUUGUUCACUACAAAAAGCUUAUGAUUUGGUUAUGAUGGUCCUGAAAGAGAAAUCGUAUCAUCUUCAGCCUGACAUCUUGGUUAAGCUAGCUCUUUCUUUAUCAAGAGCUCAGAUGCCCAUUCCAUCAUCAACGAUUCUUAGAUUGAUGCUGGAAAAGGGGAUGUUACCCCCAAUAAAUGUAUUGCAGUUGCUAUUUCUGCAUAUGGUCAAGACAGAGGUUGGGGCAUGUAUAGCAUCCAAUCUGUUGAUCCAGAUUUGUGAUAAUUAUGUACAAUUUUGUUCAGGGAAAAGCCCUUGUGCAAACUUGCUGAAACCUGAUACAGUGAUCUUUAAUCUUGUGCUUGAUGCUUGUGUUAGAUUUGGCUCACCUCUCAAAGGUCAACAAAUCAUAGAAUUGAUGUCGCAAACUGGAGUUGUUGCUGAUGGACACUCAAUCAUUAUCAUUGCUCAAAUCCAUGAAAUUAAUGGACAGAGGGAUGAGUUGAAGAAAUUUAAAGAUCAUGUUGCACCUUUACCAGUGGCUUUUGUUUCUCAUUAUCGACAAUUCUAUGAAUGUUUGUUAAGCUUGCAUUUUAAGUUUGAUGACAUUGAUGCUGCUGCUGAGCUUCUGUUGGACAUGAAUAGAUCACGGGGAUCCCAUCCUAUGGAUGAUCCUGGGAAGGAUUCCCAGAAGCCUCGUUUUGUUCCAAUUGGAUCUCAGAAUCUCAGGAAUGGACUGAAGAUACAAAUCAUGCCUGAGCUGAUACAUAAGGAUUCUGCCCUCAAAGAAGAAGGUAAAUCAGAUCUUGUUUUGUUUAGGGAUAAGAAACUUCUUCCGUCUAAUAGGGCUCUGUCCAAGCUCAUUAAUGGUUAUAAAAGGCAUGGGAAGAUGGAUGAGCUGUCAAAAUUUUUACUUGGCUUAAAAAAGGAGCUAUAUUCAUCAGGCGAAUCAAGUGUGAUAUGUGAUGUUAUAGAUGCAUGCAUUUCAUUAGGCUGGGUGGAAAUUGCUCAUGACAUUUUGGAUGACAUGGAAUCUUCUGGGGAUUCCUUGGAUUCUAGUGCAUAUAUGGCACUCCUGACUGCUUAUUAUAAAAGAAAUAUGUCUAGGGAGGCAAAUGUACUGCUAAAACAAGUAAGGAAGGCUGGUUUGGUCAUAAAUUUAGCUAACAAUAUUGUCUUAUCCAAAAAUGUGCCAUCAAAUGUAGGCAGAAGUCCUCUUUCCAUAAAGGAAGCAUCUUCCAUUUAUCAACCAAGUCUGUCCAAAUGUCUUGUUGAAGAAGUAAGUGAUGCGGAGAAGGCUGUAUCUCAUAUAAUCUAUGAAUUGAACUCUUCUAUUUACUUCUUUUCCAAGGCUAAAAUGAUGGGGGAUGCACUGAAUAUAUACCGAAGAAUGCAAGAGAUGAAAAUCCAACCCACUGAACAUACGUUUAUGUAUCUGGUAUGUGGGUAUUCUUCACUAGAAAUGUAUCGUGAUAUUACCAUUCUAUGGGGUGACAUGAAGAGAAUCAUGGAGACUGGGAGCUUAACCCUGAGUAGUGAUUUGUACGAGUUUUUCCUACUCAAUUUUCUUCGAGGUGGAUACUUUGAAAGAGUGAUGGAAGCUAUUGGUUAUAUGAACAAGUGUAACAUGUAUGUUGACAAAUGGAUGUAUAAGAGUGAAUAUCUGAAAAUCCAUAAGAAUCUUUAUAGGAGCUUAAAAGCAUCAAAAGCUAGAACUGAGGCUCAAGGUAAAAGGCUUGAGCAUGUUAAGGCUUUUAAGAAAUGGGCUGGCAUUAACUGAAUGUUUUCAAGCAUUUUGGGACGGAAGUCGAAGUUGAAUGUGCUUUCUCUCCAGUCAAGGACGUGGUAACAGAAGAGGGAGCCUGGAAUUUGGAGGCAUUCAGAGAUUGGCUGCCGGAAGAAAUAGUCAGAAAGAUUGAAAGCAUUCCUCCCCCGCACCCCCAAGCAGGCCCAGACAAAUUUUUUUGGAUAUAUACAUCCAACGGGGGCUUCUCGGUCAAAAGUGCGUAUCGAAUGAUAAAAGAAAACACAUGGAAUGAGCAAGAUGGAAAAUGGAAGGAUGUCUAGAAAUUUCAAGGCCCGCGGCGAGUCCGGUUUUUCUUAUGGCUAGUUUAUAAACAACGAUUGCUUACUAACCUUGAACGGGUUAGAUGAGGUAUUAGUCAGAACAGAGCCUGUCCAAUGUGCCAAUAUGAAGCAGAAGACAACUUACAUGUUCUUAGAGAGUGUCCGGUAGCUAAAGAUAUGUGGAAAUUGAUUGUGUCAGAAGCAAGCUGGUCUCAGUUUUUCUCUAAUAACUUAUUAGAAUGGGUCAAAACAAAUCUAGGAAAUAAUGGGCGACUGCCGAGGAAUGGAGUCCCUUGGUCAACGCUUUUUGGUAUAUUGGAAUCUUUUUGUACUCCAAAGACUCACAUGGAGUUCUGUGGAAGCCAUUAAAGUGUCAAUAAAUUGGGCAAAGCAGUAUAAUGCAAUUAAUAGCUGGGAUUCGUCUAGGAAUAGCAAUUCAGAAAAUCUUUUAGGAAAUUGUUUGAACGGUAGGGUAGGUGAAUGUUAGUUUUAGUCGAGUAAAUUUAGGAUUUUCUCUUUUCACCAAAAAAAGCUAAGGUGUUUUUAGAUUUAAUGUCCUUCCUUUGUAUUGGUUUAAGGUUUAAUUCAUGAUUUGGUCCCAUUUUUUCA